AUUCAAAACAUACAUAAGGUAGUGGUAUUUGCCCUAUUAUUCUGUAUCACUCGCCCACAAUGUUCGCCACUGGCAGUCGUUCCCUUCUGUGUGCAUUCUCGGUUCUCUUGAUGGUUCACGGAGGCCUCUCCUCUAUUGUACCUCCGAUUCGACGUGCCCUUCAGCUUCCACUUGACGGCGAAGACUCAUCUGAGUUGACAAUAUGCCAGGAUCAGUGCACGAUAGUGGAUACACUUGGUGCCUGUACUCUUUCCGACGUGAACUGUUUGUGUUCCAACGAUAGCGGAAAGGCGUAUGCUAAAUGCUUGAUCUGUCUUGUCGGGGCAUCCCAAAAGGAUAUCAAGGAACCCGCACAAACCGCUGCAGAUUUGUAUGUAAUCUCAUGCAUGCUGAUGGGAGUGUCCGUGGAAAAACAGACGGUCGGUUAGAUGGACUCUUCCAUCGCUCAGUUGUAUGCCCGAUCCUUGAUAAUUUGCGUAGGAAAAUUCAAAGAGCUAGUUUGUUGUUUACUUCAGAGUACUUGCUUGAACACAAUGUGAAUGCAGCGGCUACAAUGUAUAUUUGUUUAUCCAAUCGAUCAAGUAACAAU